UCUUGGUUAUAGGGGGUGUGUUGCUGGAAGUGCCGUGCUUUCAGACUGAUCGUCGUAGCAGCGUCAUGGCCGGUAAGAGAGCCCUGGUGAUCCUGGCCAAGGGGGCCGAGGAGAUGGAGACCGUCAUACCCACCGAUGUGAUGAGGAGAGCCGGGAUCAUUGUGACGGUUGCGGGAUUGACGGGGAAAGAUCCGGUUCAGUGCAGCAGAGACGUGGUCAUCUGUCCUGACACCAGCCUAGAGGAAGCCCGGACAAAGGGCCCGUAUGAUGUUGUAGUGCUCCCCGGAGGUAAUCUCGGUGCCCAGAACCUGUCGGAGUCUCCUGCAGUGAAGGAGGUUUUACAAGAACAAGAUGCCAAGAAGGGUUUCAUUGCUGCAAUAUGUGCUGGUCCAACUGCGCUGCUGGCUCAUGGAGUAGGAUUUGGAAGAAGUGUGACUACACAUCCCCUGGCUAAAGACAAAAUGAUGACUGGAGAUCACUACAAGUACUCUGAAAAUAGAGUGGAGAGGGAUGGACAUUUCAUCACCAGUCGUGGACCUGGCACCAGUUUUGAAUUUGCCUUGGCCAUUGUGGAUGCCUUGUUGGGAAAAGAUGUGGUUGAUCAAGUAAAGGCCCCAUUGGUUCUUAAAGAUUAAGUCCUCCCAUAGACAGUGGGUGGCAUACUUUGCACUUGUAGUGGAGAUGAGCAGUCCCUCGUAUUCAGACCUUCUUUUGAAGGCAGUUCCAGAUAAUUUAUCUUGAGCUUUCUGUACCAAACGGUCCAUUAAUUCUUCACCUGAUCUCUAGUGAUAUUGCACUCAAACUGUAGCACUUAAUACUAUAAAGAUCUGCUGGUGUUAACGGCAGUGAUGAGACGUAUGAGGUGUGUCUGAUCGGGAAUAAACCUAAAAAAGAG